AGUGUGUGUGUGAUGUGUGCAUGCUUUAUAAAGGAGAAAUCACCCCUGCACGUUUCAUGUGAGUGUCCAGACGCGGAUGUGAGUCCCAGCUGUCAAACAGAUUUUUUUUUUUCAAACUAAAUCAGUUUCAGUCCGAGAGGAAAACAAACGAACAGCUGAUCCGCUCCGACAUGGACUGUCCACGCUGGCUGCCCCUCGAGUCAAACCCGGAGGUCAUGACAAAGUUUGUCAAUUGUUUGGGAAUGAGACCAAGCUGGCAGUUUGGAGACGUGUAUGGACUGGAUCCAGAGCUUCUCAGCAUGGUACCAAGACCGGUGUGUGCUGUGCUGCUCCUGUUCCCAGUGACAGAGAAGUAUGAGACAUUCAAGCAGGAAGAGGAAGAGAAGCUGAAGGAACAGCCACAGGAGGUCUCUCCUGACGUCUACUUCGUUAAGCAAACUAUCGGGAACGCCUGUGGAACGAUAGGAUUGAUUCACGCCGUGGCCAACAACCAGGCACAUCUGGAAUUUGAGUCUGACUCCGCUCUCAAGAAGUUCAUCGAACAAACCUCUAAAAUGACCCCGGAGGAAAGGGCCACCUUCCUGGAAAAAGAUGAGAGUAUACGUGUUACACACGAGUCCAGCGCACAGGAGGGGCAGACCGAGGCUCCGAGUUUAGACGAGAAAGUCAAUCUGCAUUUUAUAGCUUUUGUGAACGUCGGAGGACAGCUGUAUGAACUGGAUGGCCGGAAGCCUUUCCCCAUCGUCCACGGAAAGACUUCAGAAGACACUUUACUCGAGGAUGCUGUAGAGGUUUGUAAGGUCUUCAUGGCUCGCGACCCGCAGGAAGUUCGUUUCACAAUCAUCGCCCUCUCCAAAGAUUCAUACUGAGGAAAGUCGCCUCCACCCAGAAAACAAAGAAAUCACGGCUGCCGAACAUUCUCAAGUGCUGACCCAAUUGGAAAAUUUGAUUUAUUCUUUUUUUAAUUUUUUUUUCAAAUGAUGUAGCAAGUGAUGUAAAGUGGGAAAAUAAUAAAAUAUCAGGGAUGUCAUACUGAACACUCUGUUGUCGUCGUUCGUCACUUGCUUGGAGUUGGAUUAAAUCCGAUGGGAGUUCUGCUGCUGCUUAAAGCAUCUUAAACCACGCUGCACUAAAGUUUGUUCACGCGGCAUGUUUGACUUUCAGUUCAGGAGGAAAUUACAAUUAAUAACAAAUUUCCCACGUCGCCCGAGGCGACCUCUUUUACUCUGGGUUCAAUGAUACAUACUGUAUGUAGUGAUGUUUUUUUUUUUAAUCAUAACGUCUAACAACGUUUUUGCUGAGAGGCUUCAAAUUCAGUCAUAGAAAAGGAGAAAGCAGAUAGGCCUGAUGCUGUUUGAUGCCGCAGUGACGGGGAAAUAAACGCAGACUGUACAUCAGUGUGGAAGGUGCCUACAUUUUUGUAAUAAGAAUGAAAUUCUGUUCAAUAAAAGGCAAAUUUAUUAAA